AUGUAUGUUACUGCAAUUUAUGCUAAAUGCACGCCUGGUGAAAGAAUGGAGCUUUGGAGUAGCCUGGAUAUUCUUAACAGGGAUAUUAAGCUCCCAUGGUGUAUUGGAGGGGAUUUUAAUGUAAUCCUUCAUCCAGAGGAGAAAAUUGGAGGAUUGCCCCAUAGGAAUGCUGAAAGCUAUGAUUUCUCUGAAUGUAUGGACUCUUGUGGUAUAGUGGAUAUUGGUUACUCAGGAUCCAAUUAUACCUGGUGCAAUAAUUGGAGGCCAAGCUUGAGGAUUAUGAAAAGCUUGACAGAAUGGAAGAAUGAUCAGGUAGGGGGUAUCAAGUACUUCAAGUUUCUAGAAUUUUGGACCUGUCAAGAGGAUUUCUUGGAUGUUGUUCAAAGUGACUGGAAUCUGCACAUAGAUGGCAACCCAAUGUGGAGAUUUCAACAAAAGCUAAAAAGAUUGGGGAAAAGACUUGCUACUUGGUCGAGAAAUGAGAUUGGAGAUGUUCAUGAAAAUGCUGAAGUCAGGGAAAAUAAAAUGCAAAUCCUGGAGGAUUUAGACAUGGAGGCCAGGACUGAAAAUAGUAGAGAAGAGGUGAAUAGAGGUCAUGCUGAGUAUAUAUCCUGGUUAAACAAACAAGAUGGUAUUCUUAAACAAAAAUCCCAGGUUAGAUGGUUUGAAGAAGGGGAUAGCAAUACCAAAUAUUUUCAUGCGGUUAUCAGGGACAGAAGAAGGAAAAUCAAGCUGGAAAGAAUCAAGAACAAUAGAGGAAGAUGGGUAUCUGGAGAUGAAAAAAUGGCAAAAGUGGCUAUUAAGCAUUUUGACAAUUUGUUCAACCUCCAUCCCAACAGUGUAGAUCUUAACAUUCUUAAUUGCAUACCUAGAUGUAUCAGUCCUGAGGAUAACAACUUUAUGUUGAGUUGUCCUCAAGAAGAUUAG